GAAUCUUUUCGCACACAACUACCGAGGAAGAAAGAAAAAAAAAGAUUGCAGGAAAAAGGAGGGGGGAAAAGAACACGAUCAAAAAGAAUAGGGAGGUUUUCUGUUUUUUAAAAAAUGCUUUUUUAAAGAAAACUUGCUUUAUUUUUGGAGGCGGAAGGAAGAAUCGGUCGCAAGAGGAAAAACCCUUCUGCUGCUCGCUCGGACCUCAUAGAAAGCAACCCUCCGGCUGGCUGGCUUGGGUUGUUGCAAAAACCAGAAGUGAACUCCUGGCCGACCCGGAAGAUUUGAACUGAGCUUUAUAAGCACUCGGCGUGAGGGGGGGGGGGGUAGGAAAAAAAACCCCAAGCUAUAGAGACUGAACUUCCCAAGAUCGCCCUGCAAGGCGAGACAGAGGGGGCCUCAAAAGCAGAGCAGUCCCACAUGGGGCCCUAGCUUGUUUUAACAACAGUUGGGUAGGAGCUGGCGAAGGCCUGUGAAACCCCCAGGCCAGCCCUGGGCACUGGUGCUCGUACCUGCCUGCACCAGCGCGGGACCGUCUGCCGCCCGCCAGCCUGGAGCACCAUCUUCACGUCUCCUCGGGCAGCUGCGGCCACCGGGCUUCCGAGGCCAGCCUGAUGGCGGAGCCGCGCUUUAACAACCCCUACUUCUGGCCACCCCCUCCCACGAUGCCCAGCCAGCUGGACAAUCUAGUUCUCAUCAACAAGAUCAAGGAGCAGCUCAUGGCAGAGAAGAUCCGGCCCCCACACCUGCCCCCGACUUCCGUGUCUUCCCAGCAGCCUCUGCUGGUGCCCCCCUCACCUGCCGAGGGGAGCCAGUCCAUCAUGUCUAUCCCCAAGCUGCAGCAGGUCCCCGGGUUGCACCCUCAGGCGGUCCCCCAGCCCGACGUGGCCCUGCACGCACGCCCAGCCACCAGCACCGUCACAGGUUUGGGGCUGGGGUCCCGCGCCACGGCCGUCAGCACCUCGGAAUCCAGCGCUGGGACGGGCACCAGCACCCCCUCCACCCCCACCUCCACCACACAGAGCCGUCUCAUUGCCUCUUCGCCCACCCUCAUCUCAGGGAUCACCAGCCCCCCACUCUUGGACUCCAUCAAGACCAUUCAGGGUCACAGCCUGCUGGGGGGAGCACCCAAGGCGGAGCGCGGCCGCAAGAAGAUCAAGGCGGAGAACCCCACGGGGCCCCCCGUCCUGGUGGUGCCCUACCCCAUCUUGGCUUCGGGCGACAUCGGCAAAGAGGGGAAGACGUACAGGUGUAAAGUCUGCCCCCUCACUUUCUUCACCAAGUCGGAGAUGCAGAUCCACUCCAAGUCCCACACAGAGGCCAAGCCCCACAAGUGCCCCCACUGCUCCAAGUCCUUCGCCAACGCCUCCUACCUGGCGCAGCAUUUGCGCAUCCACUUGGGCGUCAAGCCCUAUCACUGCUCCUACUGCGAGAAAUCCUUCCGCCAACUUUCCCACCUCCAGCAACACACCAGAAUUCACACCGGAGACAGACCCUACAAGUGCCCUCACGCCGGAUGUGAAAAGGCAUUCACACAGCUCUCGAACCUCCAGUCUCACCAACGGCAACACAACAAGGACAAGCCCUACAAGUGUCCGAACUGCUACCGGGCCUACUCGGACUCUGCCUCGCUCCAGAUCCACCUCUCGGCACACGCAAUCAAGCACGCCAAGGCCUACUGCUGCAGCAUGUGUGGGCGGGCCUACACUUCAGAGACCUAUUUGAUGAAGCACAUGUCAAAACACACAGUGGUUGAACAUCUAGUGAGUCAACACUCUCCUCAAAGGACGGAGUCUCCCAGUAUCCCUGUCCGAAUCUCGCUCAUCUGAAUCUCGGGGAGCAGCCUCCACCCCCUAGCCUGGCCCCGCUCCCGUGCAGCCACCCCCUCUUGAAUCCCAGAAGCGGGGAGCAAAAGACAAGGACACCUUGGCAUCACGGUCAAACAACCCACGGUCCCUGCUCCGCAGCGCCCCUCCUGCCAUGGGGUGAUCCUCUUCCGCCACCCGUCAGGACAGAGAGAGAGAGAGAGACUGGAUGGAGCCCUGUUGGCAGCCAGGGAGACUGGGGAGGGGAAAGAGAUUUUUCGUCCCAUGUUGGUGGCAGCCAAAGACAAUCCCAGAGCACUUUGAAGACGUCCACACCUCUCCCUUCCCUGUAACAGAGCCUCUGCCCCAGUCACAGCCCCCCCCCUUCUUUCAUUUUGGAUCCCCAGCUUCUCUCUCCUCCAAAAUCCCUGUUCCACUUUAAUUUCACAUAGGGAAAUUGUCACCCAACGGGCCAGGAAUUUGCAACGCAGAUAACGGGCAGCCGGCCCCCUUCUGGACUCUUCUCUGGAGCCACUACAGCCUUGGCCAAAAAUGGGGCAGCAUGAGGUUAUCGCUGUGGGGGGCAGGGCGGGCACCCCAGGAGUGGCCUUUGGCUAGGGUGGGCACAGUGGGAGGUGAGGAGUCUCAGAUGCUGCAACAUCACACGGUCAGGACCCAUUGCACCAGUGUUGGUGCAAAGGAUUACAUCAAUGCUCAGAGGCUAUGGGGUUUGCCGCUCCUUCGGCUAGGAGGUGGAAGGGAGUGGGGGGUUGUCCUAGAAAUAGAUGAGGGGGCACCUUCAGAAUAUGAUUGGGAAACACACUGCAGCAGGGAGGAAGAUGGCAAGAGACUGGCAGUGUUAUGCCCAUUCAGAAGUACACAAGGCUUUGUCUGCCCAUCACCUUAAUCUUGAGGCACCGUGCGAAAGUCUGCCCACCUGCAGCACCAUCUUUGUGUAUGAGUAGCCUCCAGCCCUGCUCUCUCCUUGUAUGGAAAAGGAGGGGAGGGGAUGCGGGGGGGGCUGUGUCUCUUCUGCGGGGAGGAAAGGUGGGCAUUGACCUGCUCCUGGGUAAUGCUGCCAUUCGGCUCACCCAUAGUAAGAUGUGCCAGUCCAUUUCUCCCAUCUUUGCAGAGGGCUGGCAGAAGCGAAGCCCCAAGGGUGUUUUGGGGCAGAAGACAGGUGGGGGGUGGGUCUUGAUCCUGGCUGCCCUGCCCUUCAAGACUGCUCAAGGCACCACCUUGCAACCUCUCCAAGGAUGUCUCCAGCACUGGUUGGCAGUGCUGGAAGAACCUAUGGUUCUCCCGGGGUGUGCCCACAGCAUUGGUGGUGGUGGGGGGCACAGGUUCCUCCCUAGCCCCAGAAAAGAAACAUAAGCAAGUUCCUCAUUCUAAUUUCCAUUUUAACAUGGCCAUAGCAGGCACAUAUUUGCAGAAUAGGUGGAAUUGUCAUCAUUCUCCAGUUGGUGUCGUUUGAGGGGGUUUGAUCCCCUUGCACCAAGAUCUAGGGGGAUUAGAGAGGUUUUUUUAAAAAUCCACACCAGUAUUCCAGAGAAUUCUGGGGUCCCCAAGGGCUCAUUUGCUUGCAAAGCCACGUUCUGUUGCCUUGAGAGGGGUCAGCUUCCUAGUGACCCCAGAGGACUGAGCACCUCCUAGAAUACCCCCCCCCCAAAAAAACCUCUAAGCAAGUAGUCUCUGGAAGCCCCAUUGAUUGUGGGAAGGGUCCAUGGGGUUCAGAAAAUCUGCAAACCGCGGAAACACAGAAAGUGUGGUGUGAUCCUCUGCGACUCAUAUCUCCUGCAAGGCUGUUUUCCUCAAAUUUCUGUCAAAUGGGGAAAACGCCUUUUAAAGCUUUAUUGCUACACUAGAUUUGCUACCCAAGAUUGGAAGCCGACAACAUUGCGGUUUCCCUUGGGGGGGGGGGAGCCUGUCAAAUGGGACUUCAGUUUCACUUGCUAUGUUUUGGCCAUUUCCAGUUUCCCCAGAUGCUACAUGUGUCCCCAACUGCUUCAGCUCCAGCUCUCUCUCCAACCCCACUGCCAUGAGUCAACCGGUCAUCUCUCUGUGGCCGCCCCAGUGGCUGAGGAGAGGCCAUGGCCUCCUGGGUGCUGUAAAGAAGAACGGCUCAAAGCGCCAACAGGAUGGCACCCUCUGGCUCUUAAGGUCUUCUGUGGCUCCUUGGAUAGCUGUGAAGAGACUGUGGCAUGAUGCCAACUGCUCUCGCCCCAGGAGCCCAUCACCAAAAGAGAAAGUAGCUUUCUGAGGUGGUGCUGCACCUCCCUCAAACCAAGUUCUCUUGGCAGUUUCUCUCAAAGUGCAAGGGAAAGGGGCGACAAAGCUUCCCCAAACAACAAGACUUAAAAACCACCUCUAUAUUAUGUACCCUUCAGUUGCGUUAAAAAACAAAAACGAACUUUUUUUUAAGAUAAACUUUUUAAGCCUUAAAAAUAUAUAAUUUUGUUUUUUAUCAGUUGUUUCUUUUACUGUUUGUAUUUGAUUUGAUCUUUUCCUUUUUUUAAAAAACAAAACCUUGUUCCCUUUUCAGUCGGUUUUGAAUUGUUGUAUGAUAUUCAAUAUUGUAGCCUCUCUUUUUUUGAUCCGCAUGUUAAUAACUGUGUAAAUAGGACUCUUAUGCAUAAUGUUAACAACUUUUUUCUAUAUAAA